GAUUCAACCGCCGGCGAAAAGAGAGCUGCCGAAGAUUUGGAAAGAGAGGGGAAAGGGGCUGAGCACGAUUCAGAGACCCUAGUCGCCAUCCACUCUGUUCAUCCGAGAGAAUAAGCCGCCCGAUUGUGAAGGGAGAACGGGAAACGGCCGAAAAAGAGUGCAGACGGGGAAGUUGAUCUAGCCACCGGGAGCUUGGAAGAGAAACUAAAAGAAUAGGACUGACGGCAAAGAGAAGAUCGGAGCUGCUUAAAGGGGUUCCCGAGCUUUAAGACUUAGGCCAAUAGGAGGGAAACGCAUGUAGACCGAGAGGAGAAAACCAGUGGAGGGAGAGAAUAGAGCAGAAGAGAAUGCCGGAGAUCAAUUAGAGGAAUCAGAGGUGCGAGAUUAAGCUACAAGAAAGGAAAUAGAACUGCUGUCCCCUGUGCCCAAGCCUUUGUUUCAUCACUUACCGGCGAACUUUGGGUGGAUUUAGCAUUUUGAGCUCGGUCAAAUCUGGUUUUCUAUAAUUUGGUAGUGUGAUGAUGCUUUCAUAUGUCCUUUUGUGACUGAUUUAGGUCCAUAAUAUAUAUUGGGCUGUUGCUGUGGAGUUGAGGUGGCAACUCUGUUUUGGCCAACAUCAACAAUAGUGGAGCUGCCCCAUUCUGAUGGUGUUUGUCUGGUCUGAUCUUGCAACAUUUCAGUCUCACAAGGUGCUGCUCAUAAUUUAGAAACGAAGACUCUGGUAUUGCUAGAUACAUAAAGAAACUGUGAUCAUUCAGUUACAGCAAUGACAUUGACUAUGAGGCGCUAUCUUUCCAACUGUCAUAAUGCGGGUUUCAGAUUCCUCAGUUUCUUUUGGGGAAAUUAUCAACUUGGCUCCCUGCCCUCAAAUACUGCCACUCAGGGGUUAUUCGAUGCUCACCUAUCACCAUCUUCGCAUAACUUCUUUUCAACUGCUUGUGCUAAGACUUUGAACCAUCCACCUAUUUCUGAUAUGUUGAUUGACUCGUUUGGAAGGAUGCAUACCUACCUAAGGAUAUCACUCACAGAACGCUGCAACCUACGUUGUCAGUAUUGUAUGCCAGCUGACGGUGUGGACCUUACUCCUACUCCUCACUUACUCUCCCAAAAUGAGAUUCUUCGUUUGGCUAAUCUCUUUGUUAAUUCUGGGGUUGACAAAAUUCGUCUCACUGGCGGUGAGCCAACUAUUAGGAAAGAUAUUGAAGACAUAUGCUUACACCUGUCCAACUUGAAAGGGCUUAAGACAUUAGCAAUAACUACCAAUGGAAUUACUCUUGCAAGGAAACUUCCAAAGCUUAAAGAAUGUGGGAUUUCUUCUGUAAAUAUCAGCCUAGAUACUCUGGUACCUGCAAAGUUUGAGUUUAUGACCAGGCGUAAAGGGCAUGAAAGAGUUUUGGAAUCAAUUAAUGCAGCAUUAGACCUUGGCUACAAUCCUGUGAAAGUGAAUUGUGUUGUGAUGCGUGAAUUUAAUGAUGACGAGAUCUGUGAUUUUGUAGAGCUGACUCGUGACAAACCAAUUAAUGUUCGGUUCAUCGAGUUCAUGCCCUUUGAUGGAAAUGUUUGGAAUGUGAAGAAACUAGUACCUUACUCUGAGAUGUUUGAUAGAGUGGUAAGGUAAAGCAGUUUUCAAACAUAAAGAGGCUGAAGGAUUGUGCAACAGAGACAGCCAAGAAUUUCAAGAUAGAUGGGUAUACUGGUUCUGUUUCUUUUAUCACAUCAAUGACUGAGCACUUUUGUGCUGGUUGUAAUAGGCUGCGACUUUUGGCAGAUGGGAACUUCAAAGUAUGCCUCUUUGGUCCUUCAGAGGUUAGUUUACGGGAUCCACUUCGUAGUGGUGCUGAUGAUGAGGAACUUAGAGAGAUAAUUGGGGCAGCGGUAAAGAAGAAGAAAGCUUCACAUGCUGGAAUGUUUGACAUUGCGAAGACAGUAAAUAGGCCUAUGAUACACAUUGGUGGCUAAACAAUUUCAUUCAUGGAAACUUCGUGAAUGUUUGCAUAUUCAGAAGUUAGAAUAUAAGGCCAUGUACAAUGGAGAGUUUCUGUCUCUCUAUUAAUGUGAUGUCACCACAAUCAAAUAUUCACUCUCAAAAAGAGACUCUUAACAUAGACUCCUCUCCAACACAUACACCCAAUAGAAGACUCAAAAGUUGAACUAACAUUAUUUUAUUUAACUUAUUUUGUCGUACAUUCAAAUUGUUAUUAUUUUAUAAACUCACAUUAUUCAU